AUGAAGGUCCUCAUCCUCGCCGCCUUCCUCGGCUGCACCGUCGCCCUGUUCGACACCAAGUCGAACAUCACCGUGAGGGGCACCGUGGCCUGCGAAAACGUGAAGACGGGCGGCAUCAAGGUUGAUUUGAUGGAGUCCGGAGUAAUCACCGACGACCUGCUGAACUCGACCAUCACCGAAGAAUUCGGCAAAUUCGAAUUGUUCGGCCAGAAGAAGGAGUUCGGCAAGAUUGAGCCCUUCUUGUACAUCUACCACAACUGCAGGACGAUCAGGCCGGGCUGCCAAACCCGUAGCGUCUACCCGAUUCCGGCCAACAAGCUGAACAGCGUCUACGAGAUGAACUUUGUCAUUCUGGACAUCGCCACCGCUGAUGAGAAGCCGAUCAAUUGCGUGAAGCGCCGC